AUGGAGAAGAUUUCUGCGUGGAAUACGGUUGAGUAUUUACCCAAGGAAAAGGAUAAACUUGCCCUUGGUCUUUUCCUAAAUACUCCAGCUCCUGUUCCUUCAACGGUCUUUGACCCGCCGCGCCUGUAUACCAGGUUAGUCCGUCCUGAAGGAAUGUUGUAUCUCUCCACAUUCUUCGAUCCAUUUUAUUCACCUCGAAUGAGUGUAAAUGCCCAGGGAGUGGUUGGUGGUAGUGACGAGAAUAUUCAAGAAGUAUGCCAUUCCUGUCUCAGAGGAGCUUGUAGAGGCAUCAACGGUAUCUACACUCCAGAUCUACCGCCAGGGUACUCAUUGGUAGCCCAGGUUCCAGCAGGUGCUUGUGGAUUACACGUCCAACAACUCAAACAUACCAGAAAUUUAAUAGCUUUAAAAGUGUCUAAUGGGUCUUACAUCCUCAACGGAGAUUGGAAAUUUAGUCCCAGCAAGUCGUUUGAAGUUGCAGGGACGAGAUUUUCUUAUAUAAGCCAGGAUGGGACAUCUUUGGAGACAGUAACAGCACCAGGACCCUUACCGUUUCCAGUUGAUAUAAUGAUUGUUACAUACCAAGCUAACCCUGGCAUCAAAUACGGAUAUUCCGUACCAGUUGAAGGACCAGCGAUAGCUCCGCCUCUUCUACGUCGACCAAGUCCUUCCGAACAACCAACUUUGGAUACUAGAAGACUGGACAUCGCUCCACCUAGCGUGGCUUUCAACAAUCAGAGAGAUGACCCCAAACCAGUCACUAUUCAUCCUGGUCACAGAAGAACUAGGAUCAGAAGGAAGUACUUCCAUUGGAAGGUGACAGGAUUGACGCCUUGUACCAAGUCUUGCGGUGGAGGUACCCAAAAUUAUAUUCGGGCUUGCUACAGAACGGUGACUGCAACUCACCAAAUCCCAGUCAAUGAAAAACGAUGUGCUCAUUUAGACCCACCAGCUUUGGCUCCCAUUUCUUGUAACGUUGAGCUAUGUAACAAAGCUUCCUGGGAUGGAUUUUGGGGCCAGUGUUCCGUUUCAUGUGGAGAAGGAGUCCAACAAUUUAUUCCACAGUGUAAAAGUGAAUUCAGCGGAAAAAUAAUUGUGGUUAGUGAAGCCCAGUGUCCCAAACCCAAACCCAGCUUAGAAUCCCGGGCUUGUCAAGAAAGAGAAUGCGAAUAUUUCAAGGGACUCCAGGACAAUGAGUUACCACAGUCUAUCGACAAUCAAGUAGCCAAGAAAGUUGAUUGGACAGUAGGUCCAUGGUCACAAUGUUCAGCUUCGUGUGGUACUGGUCAUCGAGGUCGAACUGUGACAUGUCCAUCUGGACAGUGUCAUCCAGAAGACAGGCCUAUCCACGCAGAGUACUGUAACCAGGAACCUUGCGGUAAUAAAAGGGCAGUGGAUGUCGUCCAAUCUCAGUCGAGGAUAUCAACAAUAAGUUCUUCCAGUUUAUCUAGUCAAAGCAGUGCUGUAAGUCCGUGGUUGGUCACCGAAUGGUCUCACUGUUCAGAACAAUGUGGAACAGGAAAUCAAACAAGGUUCGUGUUGUGCGAACUUGACAGUUGUGCUCCGGAAUCCAAGCCAGAAACCAAUAGGGCGUGCUCUAGUGAGAAACACUGCGAUGCUCAAUGGUUUGCAGGUCCUUGGGGAGACUGUUCUGAUUCCUGCAACGGUCCAGCAAGGCAAAAACGAGAAGUACUAUGCAUCGCCAAAAUUAGAGGUAUUCCACAUGUGACUAAUGAUAUGGUUUGCUCUAUUUCGUCAAAACCAUACGAGGAACAAGCAUGUUAUGGAAACUGUCCGCCACGGUGGUUCACCGGUGAUUGGGGCAAAUGUGAAGGCCACUGUCCCACCGGCUACCAAAGAAGGGAGGUGAGAUGUUUGGAACUGGACAAGAAACCUUCCAAUUUGUGCUCUGAAGAUGAAAAACCGUCAUCGAAACGAACAUGCGCAUGCGAGAAUUAUAGAGAAACACGAGAUCGAUUUACGUUCAAUCUCGCCCAAGACCAACCAAUAGAUCAAUCAGGAAACCGUGUAGGAUCCAGCUCUUGCGUAGAUAGAAUAUCGAAAUGCAAGCUGGCGGUUCAAGCCAGACUCUGCCACUACGCCUACUAUACUAAAAACUGCUGCGAAUCCUGCAAAGGACAACAACAGCAAGACCAAUAUGAAUGAAGCUGUCAUAAGAUUGAGAGUUUGGGAAGUCUAGAGCUGUCUAAAUUCUAGGAGAAUCGAGUAUUCCUAGGACGAACGGAACUGAUAGGUUACUAACACCGAUAGUUUAUUUAGGACUAGUCUUAUUUUCUUCGUUGUUAAUUUAUUGGAAGCGAAAUUUCAUGAACAAAAACGUCACGUGGACUUAGCAAAAGAAGAACAAAUAUUAUACCAGAAAUAAAUUAUACUAUAUUUAGAUAUUUUGAAGGUUCUUUAUCUAUGAGGAUAUGAUAUUCUUGAAAAUCUUGCUAAAUAUAUUUAAUUUUAACCAUCUCAUUUGUCAAAAAUCUUUUUAGAAUGAAUAUUGUGUUCAAUGAGCUCAUUUAGUCUUUUUUAUAUAUUUUUAUAUUUGAUAAUCACAACUUUAUAAAUGCUACAAAAUACUUAAAAAUAUAAACUCUUACAUUAUAUAAACAACAAGGACAAAUUAAAAUGAAAGCACUCUUCAUCACAUUCUGAACAACUAUUUAACUUUUUUCGAUAUUUCGUAACCUAUUCCACCUUUUUCCAUAUGUAAAGAGAAUUUUUACUUUGCUACAAUGGCAGAUUAUCGUAUGUCAUAUGUCAAAAUUAUUUUUUUUUGUAUUAGUUAUGCUCAUGCAAUUCUGCACAAACUUUUUUCAGUAACUCAAUAAUAAAAAAUCGAACUUUUAGGUACACACUGUGUAUAAAAAUUACAAAUAUAUUUUUUCUGUACAUAA